UUCAAAAGGAUAAAUAUUAAUGGAUGAAUUGUAGAGACAAUUUUCAAAACACCAACUUGGAAUCGUAAAGGAUGGGCGGAGAGAAAGGGUUAUGGGCUUGGGAUUUUCUGUGGCUCACUCUCUUUCUGAUACUAAUGGAUGGAGUUAUGAGCUCUCAAGUGCAGAACAAAUCCUGUAGUCCGUCUCGCUGUGGCAUUAUCACAAACAUCUCAUAUCCAUUUCGACUGCGAGGCGAUCCAGCGAAUUGCGGCGAUCCGAUCUUCGAGCUAGCUUGUGAAAACAACGUCACUCUUGUUCAUUUGUACAGCCGAACAUACCGUGUGCUGGGAAUCAACUACAACAACUUCACAAUCCGACUCGUAGAUCCUGGAAUCGAGGAGGGAAAUUGCUCCUCCCUCCCUCGAUAUUUCUUAUCUCUAUCCAAUUUCACCGACGAUGCAUCCAGAGAUCCUUACGAUUGUUAUACAUAUGAUGCCUCCCGCACUGAGUUAUACUUUCGCGGGUCCUUUGAGUUCCUUUCAUUCAAGCACGUGGGGUACCUGAACUGCAGCGAUCCAGUGAGGGACGACGCAGCGUACCUUGAUACAGCUUCGUGCCUGAAUUGGGAAUCCAGAAAAGGAGGUCAUUUGUAUGCUGUGGCUGGAGAUUUACGGGCUAUGCAGUUCAAAUCAGGGUGUAGUCUGAAAUUUGUGGCCACCACCUCAUUGUUGGUGCCUGAUGGAAGUAAAUCCUACGCUGAAAUUCACAGAAUGCUUUCUUACGGAUUUGAGGUUUCAUGGUGGAGGCAAGCUUGUGAGAAACGCCUCUGUGGUGGUCCCAUGCGAGGAAAUCUCUAUUGUUGUAGGACUGGGUGGCUGUCAAAGCUGCGCUCAUUUGCAGAAGGAUUUUGCAUUGGGGUUAUACGCACAAUGUACGUCACUAAUGAAAUAACAAAUCUUCGUCCGUCCAAAUUAAGAAUAAUCAUUGGAAGAGUUGCUUUUACAUACAUCAUAGCAAGACUUUUCUUUGGUACUGUAUUCCUAUUUACGCUGCUGCUUUAUACAUGCCAUGGAAAAUACUUAUUUAUGAAUGAAGUUAUCGAAGAUUUUAUACGACUUCAUGACCUCAUUCCAAUAAGGUAUUCCUACAGUGAACUAGAGACAAUGACCAAGGGUUUCAAGAAUAAAUUAGGUGAAGGAGGCUUUGGAACAGUAUUUAAAGGGAAGCUAAGUAGCGGACCAUUUGUUGCUAUCAAAAUAUUGGGUAAAUCUAAAGCCAAUGACCAAGAAUUUAUUAGUGAAGUAGCAACUAUUGGAAGGAUACACCAUUCGAAUGUGGUACACCUUGUUGGGUUUUGUGCAGAAGGAUCAAAACGUGCUCUUGUAUAUGAAUUCAUGUCUCAUGGAUCUUUGGAUAAAUAUAUUUUUUCCAAAGAAGAAAGCAUCUCCUUAAAUUAUCAUAAAAUACAUGAGAUAUCUCUAGGAGUGGCUCGCGGAAUUGCUUACCUUCAUCAUGGUUGUCAUAUGCAAAUAUUGCAUUUUGAUAUCAAGCCCCAUAAUAUUCUUCUUGAUGAUAACUUCAUUCCAAAGAUUUUAGAUUUUGGACUAGCAAGAUUAUAUUCUGUUGAUGAUACUACCAUAACUUUGACUGCAGCAAGAGGAACGAUAGGAUACAUGGCUCCUGAACUAUUCUACAAGAAUAUUGGGGGUGUGUCUUAUAAGGCUGAUGUUUAUAGUUUUGGAAUGCUUUUGAUAGAAAUGGCAAGCCAAAGAAGGAAUUUGAAUCCGCACGUAGAACAUUCAAGCCAACUUUAUUUUCCCUUAUGGAUUUAUGACCAAUUUGAUGAAAAGAAAGAUAUACAAAUGGAAGACAAUUUGACAAAGGAGGAAAAAGAUUUAGCAAAGAAGAUGUUCAUAGUAGCACUCUGGUGCAUACAACUAAAACCUACUGAUCGCCCUUCAAUGAAUAAAGUGAUAGAGAUGUUGGAAGCAAAUAAUGUCGAGAGUCUUGAAAUGCCUCCUAAACCUUCUCUAUAUCCUAAUGAAACAAUUUUAGUGGAUGAUGGAUCCAACUCUAACCAAACAACACCAACUAUCUCGGUACAUGCUCAAAGCAUUUCAAGUGAGGGCAUAAGUGAUGGGAUUUAAUACUUUGUCAGAUGAAAAAGGAGGUGGCAAAUAUGGUAUUGUGUUAAGGGUUUACAAAAGCAAUUGUCAAGGAUUCAAUCUUCAAGAAGGGCCCAGUUGCCAGAUGAGGGAUCUCUUGCUUAUGACAUCAUGUGUCCCUUGUUUCCAUCUUUCAAAUUUUUUUUUUCACUUUGUUUGUAGUGAGUAAUGCUUGUGGAUUUCCUAAUGCUUGUAGUUAAUUUGCGCUUCAUGUGAUUUUAUUUUUUGCAGGUUUUCUUUCUUUACAUGCUCUGUGUUGUGUUUCAGGUAUUGUGGAUUUUUUGGUUUUGGUAGCUACUAUAAUGAUCGAUGCUAUUUCCAAUGCACCAUGUAUAAUAAGUCUGUUCAGUUUGUGUCAACCUCCACAUAGAGUUGUUUGAGUCGAAACGACGAUGUUAUCGAGCCACU